AAUCAUCAGGGUGCUAAAGUGCAACAUCUAGCAGAAAAGUCUCUAUGUAAAACCAGGAUCAUUUCUCUCAAAAGAUAUUUGAAUAUAUUGCUGAAAGUUCAAGGGAAACAAAAUGGGGAAAGUGAACGUCUGUGUGAAAAGAAGUUACAUUGUUGUGGUGACUUUGAUGGGGAUUAUCAGUGCCCUGCUGUUGGGAAUCACUCUGUUUACUCAUGGAUAUUUAUAUGGAGAAGAAGAGAUGGAACACAUGCUUGCAGGUAUGCAUUUCAUGUACGCUAUUUCCAUCAUAACCCUGCUCUUGUCCAUCACUGGUGUGUAUGGCGCCUGCAAGGAGAAGAAAUGGGCACUUAUUGUGUUUGCAGUUGGAUUGAUCCCGUGUACUGUCUACAUGUUUGAUUUGGAGAGGCGAGAACUGGGUUUGAAGCCAAAGGUAGCUGAGACUAUUAGGGAGUCACACCUGAAAAUGCUACCGCUGAGUAAUGCCAGUGUGCAUUAUAUAGAGCACCUCAACCAUAUGCAGAUGGAACUCCAUUGUUGUGGACUGGAUCAAGGCUAUCAGGACUGGGGCUACAACAUCUCAGAAUCCUGCUUGUGCAUUGGAGACUCCAAAAGUCCAUGCGUGGCAGCCCCCGAGAACAGUAGUCUGUAUGAGCAUUAUGACCAUGACCAUGACAUCAUGAUUUAUAAAGAGCCAUGCCUUACAACCAUGAUCUCACAUACCGAGUGGGGCAUAAACCUGGCAGUUGGUAUAAAGUUUGGACUCACAUUAAUCUGGACGUUUUCAAUCGUGCUCUGUAUUAUCAUCCUGUGCCAGCUAAGACGGAAGAAUGAUAAAGAUUCCCCCACAGUGAUCUACAGCCCAGAGGCAAAAACUGGCAACUACACCAUCCUCACAGAGACUGCAGAAUACAGCUGAUUUCUAUAUUUUUGGCUGCUCUUCAUUGUGGCAAAGGUCACCAUGUCUAGAAAAGUUAAAGCUG